CUGCUCAAAGUUGUUUCAGAAUGCAGGCUGGAAUCCUUUCCGCAUUCGUCGCACUCUUGGCGAUAUUUCUAGUGAGGCCCAGCGAGGGAAUUCUUGAUAUAACCAAUCCAAUAAACAGUCUUAUAAGCGCUCCGAUACUUCCUGCGAUUGAUAGUUUAUUGCGCGUCCAUGGCGGCGCAGCAUCAAAGGACGAUGGGCGAAAGGUGGGCGAGCAAAGGGAAUCCAUUGCAGAAGAUAACACGGAUUACUCAUUUAACCUGGAAAGCAAACUGAAGUUUAAGCUCCCAACUGUCAACCUUCAAAUAAUUCUUGACAAAGAUCAACCGGAGCCAAAGUCUAUUGGUGACGCGAAAUACCUUAUUGUAGAUCGUUUUACAAAUCGACUAUACAAUCCGGGUAUUACACUUAAGGAGCUUUUACAAAACUUCACCCCUUCUCAAAUACGACAAAUACGCAGCGCGGAAACAUCAAGAACAGAAAUGCGGGAUUUGUAUAUGAAACUUCUCAGAAAUGCUUUAGGUCAAUCGAAAAAUCCAUCCCUAUCCCUAUCGCAUAAGCAAAAGCUUGCACGAAGGCAGCUUCAAGUUCAGUCGCAGGCUCAAGGCCAAUCAUAUCAACAACUUGCCAGAACUACAGAUGAAGAACAAAUUCAAGGACUGGCUCAAUCACAACAACAGUCCGGGCUUAAACAAUCACUGAAUCAAAAUGAGGAUCAAGAAGAUCAAGAAGAUGUUACGAGCCAAGCACAAGCUCAAAAGUCAGAGCGACAAUCCCAGCUUAUACAGUCGACUCAAAGUGAGAUACAAGGCCAAUCCCAAUCGCAGGUUCAAGCUCAAUCACAAGCUGAGGCUAUAAGUCAACUACAGGAAUCGGAAAAUACAACAGAUGAUCAAGAACAAGCUGAAUCACAAGAUCAAGCAGAGUCACAAGCUCAAGCACAAACGCAAGUUCAAUCGCAGGCACAGGAACAAGAAUCGCUAGUUCAAGCAGGAGAUCAAGCAAAAGAGGACCCCAUAGACCAAUCACUUCAUCAAGCCCAAGCUGAAGUACUAAAGCAAGUUCUGUCACAGACCAACACUCAAUCACACGCUCAAGCUCAAGCGCAAGCUCAAGUUCUCGAUCAGGCUCUGGAAGAGGCACAUGUUCAAUAUCAAUCACAUGCUCAAUUACAAGGAGUAGCACUGUCUCAAUCAGCACAGCAAUCGUUGCUUGAAGCACAGGGUCAGGCACGAGAAGACCCCGUAGAUCAAUCACUUCAUCAAGCCCAAACUGAAGUACUAAACCAAGUUCUGUCACAGACCAGCACUCAAUCACGGGCUCAAGCUCAAGCGCAAGCUCAAGCUCUCGAUCAGACUCUUGAACAAGCGCAUGUUCAAUAUCAAUCUGCACUUCUUCAACCACCACAGCAACCACAACCUCAACCAGAGGAUCAAGCUCAAGAUACCGCUUCAGACGAAGUGCAGCCGCACGUUGAAUUGGCUGAUCAAUCCGAAAAACAAGACCAAAUCGCCAAUCAAGCUUUUGAUCAAGCGGAGGGUCAACUUCAGCGGCAAUCUCUAUCAGUAUCUCAAUCACAAUCUGAAGCUCAAUUGCAAGCAGUGGAUAAAUCACUUCAUCUAGCUCAAGCUCAAGUGGAAGAGCAAAAGCCGUCAGGGGCUCAGUCUCAAUCAAACGGUCAAGCUCUUGCUGUAAAUCAAGCUUUGGGGGAAGCGCAUGCUCUACUGCAGCAGUCAUUUCAAUCGCAAUCUAAGGCUCAAGGUCUAGCCGUAUCUCUAUCUCAAUCACCACAGCAACUAAAACUUCAAGCUGAUGACCAAUCAAAUGAACAAGCCAGGGAUCUAGCUCAAGAUUCUGUUGUGGACCAAUCACUACACCAAGCCCAAGCUGAAAUACAAGAUCAACUUGAUUCGCAGUCUCAAGCCUCUGGUCAACCACUGGCGCCAUCACAGCAACAAGCCCAAGCUCAAACAGUUGAGGCGCUUACACAAUCACUAACUCAAGCCCAUGCCCAAAUCCAAGGCCAAGAUCAAUCACAAUCGCAAGGACUAUCCGAAUCAGAGACUUCAUCGAAUUCACAAGUUCUCUUCCAAGGGGAAGGGCGGUCACAAUCACAAAGUUUGCAGGGUUCCAAGUCUGAUGUUGUCGGUUAUUUAGGAAUUCAAGCAAGAUACCAAUACAUUUCUGAAGCGGACAUCCAGAUUGUCGCCAAGUUGGAGACGCCGAAACUGAUCUCAAAAUAUGGACAACAAGUAGAGACCCAUUACGCAUUCACUGCCGAUGGCUACAAACUCUGCCUACAUCGAAUUCCACGGCCUGGAGCCAUACCCGUCAUGUUGGUCCAUGGCCUGAUGGCCAGCUCGGCCAGUUGGGUGCAGUUCGGACCAUCUCAGGGUCUGGCCUACAUCCUGUCCCAGGCCGGGUACGACGUCUGGAUGUUGAACACCAGGGGUAACAUCUACUCCGAGGAGCGCCAGACCGGUCGCGAGAAUGACCAGGACUUCUGGGACUUCUCUUUCCACGAGAUCGGGCAGUACGAUCUACCCGCAGCCAUCGACUUGAUUCUGCUGCAGACCAAGAUGCCGAGCAUCCAGUACAUUGGUCACUCGCAGGGAUCCACGGCCUUCUUUGUGAUGUGCAGUGAAAGACCAGAGUAUGCCGCCAAGAUCUCGCUGAUGCAGUCGCUCUCGCCAUCAGUUUAUAUGGAAGGAACACGCAGCCCAGCACUCAAGUUCAUAGGAAUCCUUCAGGGUGGCUUCACAAUGCUGCUGAAUCUCCUGGGCGGCCACAAGAUCUCGCUGGACAACAAGAUCAUUAACAUGUUUCGUGAACACAUCUGUGACAAGCUUAUUCCCAGUCGCAUUUGCGCCAUUUUUGAAUUUGUGGUCUGCGGAUUUAACUUCAACAGCUUCAAUAUGACACUAUCCCCCAUUUUGGAAGGUCAUGCUUCGCAGGGAGCCUCCGCCAAGCAGAUCUAUCAUUUCGCCCAGAUGCAGGGCAAGUCUGUUUUCCAAAAAUUCGAUUACGGCCUCAUUCUGAAUAAGCUACGAUACAACUCCAUCCUCCCACCACUUUACAAUCUUUCACUGGCACUGACCAAGGUGGCUCUUCACCGCGGAGAUGGCGACUGGUUGGGAUCCGACUCGGAUGUCCUUCGGCUCGAGCGAAGCCUGCCCAACUGCAUAGAAAACAGGAACAUUCGCUUCCAAGGAUUCUCUCACUUCGACUUCACGAUCUCGAAGGACGUUCGACCCUUGGUGUACGACCGCGUAGUCAAUCUGUGCGGUUCAAACCGUUAAAUGCUGAAAACUAAUUUUACUUUUAGUUUACAAAUGAAAUAUUAGCAAAGCAAUUAUCCGAUUUGCUUAGCACAGAA